AUGGCCACAACAAUGAACGUAUUCUCUACCAAAUGGUCCUCUGAAAUGGAUAUAGAGGAGUAUAGCAUCAUCCACCAAUACCACAUGAACUCAUUCUUAGGAGAUUUCCCACAAUCUCUCUCAUCUCUUGAUGAUACUACCACUUGUUAUAACUUUGAUGCUUCUUGUGAUGAUGAUUUGCUCGAAGAGAAACCUUCAAAGAUCCUCAAGACCACUCACGUAUUACCAAAGUUAUAUCCAUGUCCUUCUUACAAUCCUCCUCCACAAUCUCAGCCACCUUCUAGAAUUCUUUCUUUCGAAAAGACAGGAUUGAAAGUAAUGAAUCACAACUCUCCGAACUUAAUAUUUAGCCCCAAGAAAGAAGUUGGAUCACCAGAUCUGAUAACAAGAGGGACAAAGAGGGCUCAACCCUUAACUCGAAGCCAAUCAAAUGCUCAAGAUCACAUACUCGCUGAGAGAAAACGCAGAGAAAAACUUACUCAAAGAUUUGUAGCUCUUUCCGCCCAGAUUCCUGGUCUAAAGAAGAUGGACAAGGCUUCAGUGUUGGGAGAUGCAAUAAAGCAUAUAAAGUACCUCCAAGAGAGUGUGAAAGAGUAUGAAGAACAAAAGAAAGAAAGAACAAUGGAAUCAAUGGUUCUUGUGAAAAAAUCUCAGCUGGUUUUGGAUGAAAAUUAUCAAUUAUCCUCAUCUUCCUCUGAUGGAAAUCGUGACUGCUCGAGCUCGAAUCUUCCAGAGAUGGAAGUUAGGGUUUCAGGAAACGAUGUUCUUAUUAAGAUCCUAUGCGAGAAGCAAAAUUGUAAUCUGAUCAAGAUUAUGAGUGAGGUUGAAAAGCUUGGUUUGUCUAUCACCAACAGCAGUGUCUUGCCAUUUGGACCCACUUUCGACAUCUCUAUCAUCUCUCAGAAGACGAGCAAUUUUGAUAUGAAAGUUGAGGACGUUGUGAAGAGCUUGAGUUGUGGUUUAUCAUAG